AUGGUCAACCAGUCAAGAAUUGAUCGGAUUUCAAUCAGUUCGACAAUCAGCUCAUCAAUAUUUCUUUUCCUUUGUAUCCAAUCAAUUUUGAUUUUUUCAGAAGCCAAAAAGGAAGAUGGAAGCAAUAUAAUUGUUCUUGGACCAGGAGGUGAGUUAACUGCUUCUCGUUUUGUUCCUCGUAAAUCGGGUAAAGGAUCCAGUACAAUUAUCAUUGUUGGACCAGGAGGAAUGGGUCAACCUAAUAAUCAUCAUCAAAAUUAUGCUGCUAAUAAUAACCACAAUAACAACAAUGUUCAAGGAUCUAAUGUACAGCCAGGAUCAAAUCCAACAUGGUCUAUGCCAAAUCCAAAUCAAAACCAUCCACCUCAUUCGCAUUCAAAUCAAAAUCAUCCACCAAAUGCCCAUUCAUUAUCUUCACCAUCAGCUUCUUCAUCAAACAUUCAACAACACCUUGUGCCAAUCGGAUCUUCACCAUUCCAUAAUGCUUUAUCUGAUAAUCAACGGGAUCGUCAACAGCAAUUGCUUGAAGAUUGGUCAAGUGAAUUGAACUUAAGUAAGGAUCAGGAUAUUCGUGAUUGUCCUCAAGGUAGUGUUAAUUGUGGCCGAACUUCAAUUUUACCACAACUAAUUCCAAUCAUGGUACCGUACGUUAAACCAAAAACACGGUUAUCUGUUGGUAAAUCAUCGAAUAAUCAGAAUAAUCGGGCUCAAGAAAGUCGAGUAAAUUUCCAGAAAACAUCUUUAUUACCGACAACUCCAAAUCCAACGGAACCUCAAAUUAUUAUCCGUAAAACCAAAAAUUCACCACCAAUUUUGAUUGAAGAAGUUAAAGGAUCGGAGGAUGGAUAUGUGGAUUUUCAUGUUACUUCACAGCCAAACAGUCAGACACCUCAAAUAACUCAGUACCCUUCGGUUAACAGCAAUGCAAACAGCCAGCAAAUGAGCAACCAUCACGGAAUCGGAAUGAUGUAUCCAACAACUGUAAUGUCUCAGCAACAAAGACAUACAGGAGAUGAUGAAAAUAACCGAUCAGUCAAAACGCAGACUGGUGGAUUGAAUGGGCUGAAUGGUUACACCACAAUGACUUCGAUGAGUCCCAUGAGCUCGGUGAAUACCAUGAAUGCUCUGAAUUCACUGAAUAUCAAAACAAAUCAAGUAAACCAACUUGGCCAGUCAAAUGGAAUGAAGCAAAUGAUAAAUACACCAACAUUUGUUAAUCCUGGAUAUACGAGUAUGUCUGGGAUAACUCAUAACCAAGGAACAACAGUUACGGAGCAGACUAUGUUACCUUAUUCUUACAAUUCGCCAACCUUAACAUUAACCUCACCAACAACGAUCACUGACACCAAUGAUUAUGGAUCCAAAGGAGUAAAAGACAACUCUGAAAAUCAGGAAAUCUACGAUGAGAAAGUAUUCAACCAAUUUUAUGGAUUUGAUCAGGUCCCGACCAUCGACUUAGGAAAUUUACCGGGAGAAGAACAUCUUCCCGGCUUAUUGUUAAACAAUCAAGAUAAUGUUGAAUCAGGUGGAAGACGUCGCAUUGAUCCUAGCGAUAGUUUUCUAGAUCAUGACAAUAAUUCUCAUCUUUCAUCUCAUGGUCCUAAACGUAGCGGACUGAAUUCCAUAAUUCAAUCUUCCCAUCUAAACAAAGGGCCAAUCAAUGAAGAGAUACCAACAUGGAAUGAAGAUUUUAUACCAAAAUGGAUUGAAAACGGUAAACCUAAUACGUGGUCACAGGAUGAUAGAUCAAAUAAUAACGAUCCAUUCAAUUGGUGGUGGCCUUGGAUGCAAAAUUAAAACAGAGGAACGUAAAAUUUAACGAAACUUUGUUACCAAUUCCAAUAAAAAUAUUAUUUGUAAAAACAA